AGCAACAUGGCUGCUCACACAAUUGGUCGGUCGUGGGCAUACGCCCUGGCCUUACGAUCAAUCCUAAUCCUUGAGCCUCUUCUUGAGCCUUAAUUCCAUCAUUAUACCGCCUCGUACUGGUACGCUACGCCCCAAAGUAAAAGUUCGUGGCAUAGCAAUUAGAUGCCAUGUAUGACGGUUUGGAGAAGUUAGAAGAGGAAGAAAUGAAGAAACAGACACCAGAGGACGAUGUAUUUCCUUCACGGAUUCCGUCCAAGGAAGAUGGAGAUAUCUACAAGAUGCGACACGAACGCUGGACUCUCAGGCGAUCGUCCAAAUCGGAAAGCUGCCUGCAUAUUUCUGAAUCAAACGAAGGCAGAAGGGAACUUCGCUCAAGCUACAGUAGCGAUGACGAGAAAGAGAUCUUUCAAAAUGAUGAAGCAGAAGGAUCCCAGGAGAAUGAGUACUUCAGUUCAGUUCAGCAGCCAAAGAGUGUAGUGAUGCCUCAACUAUCCACACGAGAAGCAAAACUUCGGAGUUUUAUGGUUGGUCAUAUUAGUGGAAAGGCUCUCCUUGGCCUCACUGAGCUAAAAAGAUACUUUCCAGACAGAAUCUUGAAGAUUUACAUCCUCUCUUGGAAUAUGAAUGGACAGCCUCCACUGCGUCGCCUGGAUGAAAUUGUAUAUCCUUCCUUUGUGGAGGCUGUGCCAGACCUUUUGGUCAUUGGUAGCCAAGAAAGCUAUCCAGCUAGGCGAAUCUGGGAAGUGGACCUUCAAGAAGCUAUUGGACCAUCCCAUGUCCUGUUCCAUUCUACAGCACUUGGAACUCUGCACUUGGCUCUUUUCAUUCGCAGAGAUCUUAUCUGGUUCUGCUCUGAACCAGAGACCAGUUCAUUCAGCAUCCGACAACCAACCACAAUAAAGACCAAAGGAGGGAUUUGCAUCAUGCUCUACUUCUUUGGAACCUCACUACUAUUCAUCAAUAGUCAUUUAUCUGCCCAUCAUGACAAUGUUCAAGAUCGGAUAUCAGACUACAAGCGCAUAUGCAGAGGCCUGGAUUUCCCCAAGAUCCUUCCAAUUAAGUCUCAUCGUUACACAUCAGACAUCACAUCUAUGUUUGACUAUGUCUUCUGGUUCGGGGAUCUCAAUUUCCGUAUUAGUCAACCGAGAGAUGCAGUUUUGGAACAGGUUUCAACAAAUGGGCAACCAAGAUUUUCCCAAGCUAUCCUCAAGCAUGACCAACUUCUUUCCCUUAUCACUGAAGGAUCUGCCUUCAAGGGCUUUUCUGAGGCCCCCAUCCACUUCCCACCCACAUACAAGUAUGACCCAGGCACUGGCAAUUGGGAUUCAUCAGACAAGCAGAGAACCCCUGCCUACACAGAUAGAAUCCUGUAUCGCUGCAAGACUUCAAGGACAGUGAAAUCCCUGGCAUACGACUCUCUGACAUAUGUGAAGACAUCUGAUCAUAAGCCAGUCUGGGGACUUUUUACAGUCACAAUCAGGCCUGGCAGUGAGGCCAAUGUGAGCUAUUCCCUUUUCAGUAUUCCACUAUCAGCUGGCCUUUUCCAAAGAGAUAUCUACCUCGCUGCUCUUGAACGUCGAGCCACAGCUCUUGAAAUAAAGAAGAGGAAGACAAUGCCAUCAAAAAGCAAGUCCCUGGUCUGUUCUAUACAAUGA